UUGGUCUUCGGGUUCAUUACCCAAGCUCGGAAGCAAACCCUAGAUCCAACGCAGGAGCUGCUCUGUUGCCGUUGCUCACUCUCCGGCGAUGUCGUCAACGCUUCUGGAGGUGACGCGGUCGGCGCAUGAGGAUGUGGAGCGGCUGGAGCGCCUUGUCGUGAGGGAACUUCAGCGGGAGCCCACGAACAACCGCGAGCGCCUCUUCCAGAACCACCGUGUUCGGAAUAUGAUCGAUUCCAUCAUCAAUACCACCCACAAGCUUAUUGAGAUCUAUGAGGACAAGGAUAAUGCAAGGAGGGACGAGAUUGCGGUACUGGGAGGACAGACGGCGACCGGGAUAAACUUGUUCAGUGUUUUCUAUGAUCGGUUGAAGGAGAUUCGGGAGUAUCACAGGCGCCAUCCGGCUGCUCGUGUAGUUGAUGCAACUGAGGAGUUUGAGGAGCUGCUCAAAGAAGAGCCGUAUGUAGAGUUCAGCGGCGAGGAAGCUUUUGGUCGCUAUCUAGACAUGCAUGAACUAUUCAAUGAGUACAUCAACUCAAAAUUUGGAGAGCCUAUUGAAUACUCUGCAUAUUUGGAUACAUUUUCGCAUACUCACAAGAUUCCUUUAAACCUAAAACUGACAAGGCAGUACAGAGAUUAUUUGGAGCACAUUUUGGAAUAUUUAACAUCAUUCUUUGAGCGGAGGGAGCCCCUGCAAGACCUUGGUCGUUUAUUUUCAAAGGUUGAGGCUGACUUUGAAGAGCUUUGGGCUGAUAGUAAGAUAGUUGGAUGGGAGAAAAAAGAAUUGGAAAAUGGGCAGAUUUCAUUCCUGGAAUCUGUUGUUGAUCUUGAUUAUUACAGCACUGUCGAAGAACUCAUUGAACUGGGCCCUGAAAAAUUAAAAGAGGCCUUAGCAGCUCGUGGAUUGAAAACCGGUGGCACUAUUCAGCAGCGUGCAGAGCGUCUAUUUCUGACCAAGCACACUCCCUUGGAGCUGUUGGAUAAAAAGCAUUUUGCUAAAGGGUCACGUGGUUCUGAGAAAAAUGGAGUGAAUUUAAACUCACAGCAAAUCGACUCCAAUAAGGACAUUGCUUUGAUGGAAGCUAAGAUGCAGCGUUUGUGUGAAAUACUACAAGAGACUAUGCAACAAACAAAAGAAAAUGUUGAGAAGAAGCAAGCUUUGACAUAUGAAGAAAUGGAAGCAGAGCGUGAAGAGGAAGAAUUGCCAGCAGAUACUGAAAGUGAUGAUGAGGAGCAGCAGAUCUACAAUCCUCUUAAAUUGCCUAUGGGAUGGGAUGGAAAGCCAAUUCCAUAUUGGCUCUAUAAGCUUCAUGGUCUUGGCCAGGAAUUUAAAUGCGAGAUAUGUGGGAACCACAGUUAUUGGGGUCGCAGGGCUUUUGAGCGUCAUUUCAAGGAGUGGCGACAUCAGCAUGGAAUGCGCUGCCUCAACAUACCUAAUACCAAGAACUUCAACGAAAUUACAUCUAUUGAGGAGGCGAAAAAGUUGUGGGAGAGAAUACAAGAACGGCAAGGGCUGAACAAGUGGCGGCCAGAUCUUGAAGAAGAAUAUGAAGACAGGGAGGGUAACAUUUAUAAUAAGAAAACGUACACUGAUCUACAGCGCCAAGGCCUGAUUUAAGAGAACAUCUUCUUCUUACCGCAUGAUUUUUGUUGUCCCAUUUGCUUCACUGAUCAUAAACCUGGGAGGCAUAAAUAUGCAUUGAUAGGAUGACGUGUCUGUAUCAAGUUCUCCAAGUGCUUGUAAAAGCAAGAUCUUUUUGAUGCCUGUGUCUCUGUCUACGAGCUUUGGAACUUUACAUUUUCUCAAUUGAAAUUUUAUUGUAAAAUCCGUUUUAGCGAACAUUAGUUGUUAUCCGGUCUUCAUGUUAUGACACAUUAUCUAAUUUAGGUUCUUGCGAUCAACAGAGAUAUUUUGUGUCUUGAUAUAAAGCUUGCUCAUUUUGAUUCUCUGA